AUGGAUGGUCGUGUUUAUGGUGGUGACGACAUUGGUAUCCCAUGUUCUGAGCUGAUAUCGAUAGAAGUUCAUCAUGGUGGGCAACUCAUAGAUACACCAGCGAAAACAUAUGUUGGUGGGAAGGUUGAUACUGCCUUCUACUACAAAGUUCCUCAUUGUGAUAUGACGAAUGGUUUGAAGCAUGUAUCUUGUGAUGAGGCAAUAAUGCAAAUGUUUCGGUGUUUGCCAAGUAAUAAACUUGUUCGGGUGCAUUUUGUGCAUCCAUAUGGUUUGCUAGAACAUGGUGAAAAUGACCCAAUGGGUAGUGGAGAGACAAACUCUAAAUCAGAUUCUGAAUAUGUGGAGGAAGAAAACCAAACUGGUUUAGAGUCCACAAAAUAUGAAAAUAUUGUUGAUGAAUAUGGAAUGUGCAAUGAUGAUAAUGAGGAUGUAGAAGUUCAAUGGCCCAGUUCUAACAGACAAGAGUGA